UUGUUUAACUGUCGACAAUAGUGCUCAUAUAGCUAAGAUAAAUGUACCAAAAGCUAAACUAAUCUUUUGUAAGUAAAUAAAUAAAUAGCCCCCUCCCCUCCUCUCUGAUUGACUUGAAUAAGAAAAGUAGGACUGAAACACAUAAUGUGUGGUACAGUAGCUUCAGCACGUCUGCCAUAACACUUUGGCCCACAUCACGAGUACAGCCAGUCAAUGGGAUGCAUGCAAAUGCAUAAUAGUGUCACCCCUUGGACUGAGAAUCCAAAGAAUAUCAACAAAAGCAUUAUUCUACAAGCUGACUAUUGUCCCUAUAAGGAUUUGUCCAACACAAUUAAAAUGCUUAUGAAAAAUUGCAAGCUGCCGUGGUAUCACCAGGAGUUAAGUAUUUGGCGUUUACAUUCAAUGCUUUCACUUCACAAAAAUUAGUUUCCAAUUCUUCUGCCACCCCCAGCCUACCAGAAAGGUUAAUAAAUUCAAAAGGGCAGUUUAAAUGGAACCACCCCAUCUGUAUCUCACUCUCUUUACUGCUUGCUAAUUACUCUCAUCCAUAUUUCUGAGCCCUUCUCCGCAUGGGUGCCGGGGAUAACGGUGACUUUGCGUUUGUCAUUUUCAUCUGUCCCCAAUCCCCAAAUCCCACUGAGGGCGCCGCGUAGUCCUCCUCCAGCAGACUGGCCCGAUCCACAGCGGAGGUGUCUGGGAACUACGUGUCCGAGGGGCCGGGGACGGGGCUGUUUUGACUAGACCCGGUGCCUGCGUCUGGUUCUGUCUUCGGGGAUGGCCUCAGACGCUGCACUGCUUCUGCUUCUGCCUCUGGGAGUCUAUGUCAGCAUGUAGGAGCCGCUCGCUCACAGGAGAGCCGAACCAACGCUGAGUGCUAGCAGGGCGAGUGCACUUAAGUAAAGCAUCUGGCACUGACCUUGUCUGGGGCCUGUGAUGACAGACAAACCUGCUGCCAUGGCAACCACAAUUGGCACUCAAUGUCUUGACCUGAUACCCCUGCGGACAGUCCUGGAGGACACUGGCAAGGACACCAAAAAGGUCAACGAGGAAAGAAAAGCACAGCAGCAAUCUUACCCAGGGAGUCUCUUCAACAUCAACAACAGCAAUAACAAUGAGAAAGAUGAGAAGACAAAAAAGAAAAAGGAGAAGAAAGAAAAGAAGGAGAAAAAGGAGAAAAAGGAUAAGAAAGAAAAGAAAGAAAAGAAAGAAAAGAAGAUGGAAAAGGAAAAAGAAAAGGCAGAACAAAUAGUGAAAGAGAAAGAAAAGGAGAAGGAGAAAGAUAAAAAAGAAGGGCCCAAAGAAAUAUUAGUCAUUAACCCAGGAGAUGCUAUUUACUACAAAUGGCUGUUUGUCAUCGCCAUGCCAGUAAUGUACAACUGGACCAUGAUAAUUGCCAGAGCCUGUUUUGAAGAAAUGCAGCAAAAAUAUCUGGUAAUGUGGUUCAUCAUCGACUUUAUAUCUGACGUUAUAUAUCUGGCUGACAUGGCUUUCCGAACAAGAACAGGGUAUCUGGAGCAAGGCUUAUUGAUCAAAGAUGAACAGAAACUGCGAGAUCGAUAUGUCCAGAGUUUUCAGUUCAAACUGGACGCGCUGUCCAUGAUUCCCACCGAUAUUCUGUACUUUUUCCUGGGGGUGAACUACCCAGAGAUUCGCCUGAACAAGCUGUUCCGAGUCGGCCGCAUGCUCGAGUUCUUCAUCCAGUCGGAGACGAGGACCAACUACACCAACAUUUUCCGCAUAUGCAACCUGGUCAUGUACAUCGUGAUCAUCAUCCACUGGAACGCCUGCCUAUACUACGCUUUCUCCAAGGCCAUCGGCUUUGGGUCCGAUACCUGGGUUUACCCGGAUCUCAGCCACCCCGACUUCGGGAAACUGCUCAGGAAGUACGCGUACAGCCUCUACUGGUCCACCAUGACAUUGACCACCAUCGGAGAAACUCCGCCUCCCAUCCUGGACUGUGAGUUCUUCUUCGUGGUGACGGACUUUUUGGUGGGCGUGCUGAUCUUCGCCACCAUCGUGGGUAACGUGGGCUCCAUGAUAACCAACAUGAACGCGGCCAGGACCGAGUUCCAGUUCAGGGUCGACUGCAUCAAGCAGUACAUGCACGUCCGGAAGGUCAGCAAGGACCUGGAGGACAGGGUCAUCAAGUGGUUUGACUACCUGUGGAACAACAAUAAGACGGCAAACGAGAGGCACGUGCUGAGGUAUCUGCCAGACAAGCUGAAGGCCGAGAUCGCCAUCACUGUCCACCUGGACACGCUCAAGAAGGUGCGGAUCUUCCAGGACUGCGAGGCGGGGCUCCUGAUCGAGCUGGUGCUCAAGCUGCAGCCUCAGGUCUUCAGCCCCGGCGACUACAUCUGCAAGAAGGGCGACAUCGGGCGGGAGAUGUACAUCAUCAAGGACGGGCAGCUGGCGGUGGUGGCGGACGACGGCGUGACACAGUUUGUGGUGCUCAGCGACGGGAGCUACUUUGGCGAGAUCAGCAUCCUGAACAUCAAGGGCAGCAAGGCGGGAAACCGCAGAACCGCCAACAUCCGCAGCAUCGGCUACUCCGACCUGUACUGCCUCUCCAAGGACGACCUGAUGGAGGCGCUGACCGAGUACCCGGAGGCCAAGGGCAUGCUGGAGGAGAAGGGCCGGCAGAUCCUGAUGAAGGACGGCCUCAUCGACCUGGACCCCGCCAACCUGAAGCCCGACACCAAGGACCUGGAGGAGAAGGUGGACCGCCUGUACGGCAACCUGGAGAUCAUGCAUGUGAAGCUCUCCCACCUGAUGGCGAACUACAGAACCAUGCAGCUCAACAUGAAGCAGCGCAUUGCCCACAUGGAGAGGAUCACCGGGGAGGUGGAGGAGGAGGAAGAGGGGGAGGAGGGAGAAGGCCAGGCACAGGAGGUAAAGAAGGAAGUCGGAACAGAGGGAGAGAAAGAGGUGGAGAAGGAAGAGGAAGAGAAGGAGGAUGAGAAGGAAGAAGAGAAGAAAGAAGAGGAAAAGAAGGAAGAUUAACUCUGCAGUUAACAUGCAAAAAUAAAUAUUUCCAGUCUGUAAUCUACGUAAAAUCCUCUACUUAGCCAAUCACAGAGCUAGCUGGAAAGCAUUAUUUUUGUGACACACACAAUACUGAAUUUCAGCAGCUGCAUUGCUAAGAGUUCUUCAAAAUAAUAUGAAGUUGAAGGAAAAAGCAUUCAAUGGUCCAUAGUAUAUGGACUAUUAUUCAUAGAUAUUCAUUCAAGGGCAAUGAUACUAUACUUCAAGACAUCAGUAAAACAGCAAAAAUACCACUGGACAUAUGUAUAAAUAUCACAAUAUGAUAAAUAUCAAGUUUUAGGUCUUUGUGUGAAAGCAUCUGACCCAUAAGACAUAUUAAACUAUAUACAGCAUGGUAUCUACCAUUGUGGGCUGACUGUUUCCAUGAGAACACAGCAUGUGCAGUAAAAGGGUGCAUUGUGUGGUGUGCUGGUUCUGCAGCAGAUUUACAGAUGCAAAGCUGAAUUGAUGUCAAACAUAAUUAAAUAUCUCACACUCAUCUCCUCAGUGACAAAGGAACACAGGCUCUAGAUGACAAAUAAACGUCUAGGUAACUGUCUGUCCUCUAUAUGAUAGAUUGAUUACUGUUUUCAUUCUUAUUCAUCUGUUAUUCAUCUUUGUUUGUCAUGCAAUUGUAUUUCAGUUAGCUUCCUUCAGAAGUCUUCAAAGUGACUUCAGAAAAAUGAUCAAUGUGAUUUCUAUUUUUUUAUUUAUUUUUAUGUCAGUACCACUCUGUAACCACACGGGGGCAAUACAUGAUUAAAAGGAAAUAUUAGUAUUUUA